AUGCCCAUCCAAUGCUACUACCCCAGACACGGGAAUGUGAGCAGCAACGCCAUCAAGCCAACGUGGAUGCCCUUCAGCUCCACCGUAUCUGCAGAGGAACGUCUGUCCUUCUCCUUGCAGCUGAUGAAUGGUAAUUGGGGUGGUUACUGGUCUGCCCCAAAAUCCUCUACAGUCUUCAAGCUGGGUGAAGUAUUCCACAUUGAGGCUUCUGUCGCUGUUGGGAACCACGUGCCUAUGAGGAUCUUCGUGGACAGCUGCGUGGCCACGUUAUCCCCUGAUGACUCCUCCGGUCCCCGUUAUGACAUCAUUGGUUACUAUGGGUAGGUGUUGGAUGGCAGAGAGGAGGAUUCAUCCUCCGCCUUCAGGUCCCUGAGACCCCGUCCAGACACACUGCAGUUCAUGGUGGAUGCUUUCAGGUUUACUGGGACUGAUGCCUCUGUGAUCUACAUCACCUGUAACCUGAGAGAUGCUGCAGAAAACCAGGUCCCAGACCCACUAAACAAGACCUGUUCCUACAGCAAAUCCACCAACAGCUGGUCGGCUCUUGAAGGCUCCAAUGAUAUCUGCGGAUGCUGUGACACUCGUACCUGUACCCCUGCUACUCCGCGAAACCUUUUAUUAUCCAGUCCUCAUUUCAAUGCCAUGACAGUAGUAGUGGUUCUGCAGGCUGCGUCCCAACUAGAGGAAGACGACCACAAACUGGCCGCCCUGGGGCCCCUACUGAUCAUUGGAGGAGACCGUGGCCAGGUUCUGGCUGUGACUCGGGAAGCUGGUCGGAUGGAGCUGUGGGUGUUGGUGGCAGUCGUGUCACUGAGUCUUGUCGCCCUCGCUCUCUUUGUUGUGUUUGUGAAGUUCUUUGUUUAUAAACGAUGUUACCAGGAAACUGAACAGAAAUAAAACCCCU